AUGAAUAUUAUAAAAACUUAUGUGAUUUUAUUUUUUGUAGCUAUACUGAUGACAAACACAUUGUCCAACUCUAACGUUUUGGCUUCAUCGGUGAUCGGGGCAUCAAAAUAUGUGGUAUGCUCUGUACCAUGUACAAGAAAGUACGGAGAAUAUGAAUGCUGGAGUGACUGUAUACAAAAGAGAUACAAUGAUGGAGGCUGUGUUAAUGGACAAUGUUGUUGUAAGAUGUGAUAAAA